AUGCAAGAGCAUGAACAUCAUUCCCCCCAGUGCCCGUUUCUCAAAAGCAAACCAUACGAGGAGAUGAGCGUUUCAGAGGGCCUCGAAAUGGAUAUUACCCGACAUGCGAAUCUGCUCCAAACCCUGCGUGACCGAAUACUCCAAGAAGUUCAGGCUGCAGUGGAUAAACAACUUCAGGUUAUUCGUGACACGCUGUCGAAAUACUUUCGUAAACGUGGCGUCCGUCAAAACACACGUGCUGGCACGGUUUCGAGUGCACGAUCAGAUGAAACGCUUGAACUGUCUGUUCGUAGUACCCGAUCAAAACGGAGCACUCGAUCCAAGCGAUUGUGUAUUUGA